AUGCGGUUCCCGCCGGCGGGCACCUGGGCACUGCGCCCCAUCUGGACUGAAAUGGGGACACCCCUUCGGGGUAGCUUCUCCCACCGGGAUCCUGGCCAUAUUGUUCUCGUUCUUCUCGUGAUAACUCCGCAGUGGAGGUGGAUUCCGUCCAAGACGCCCAACUUGGCUCCGCGUAGCAAUCAGCGCUGCAAUCCUGGCGGUUACCUCCGCGGCGGCGUCUUCCUCUGCGCCUCACAGUCGCAGCCCGCGGCCCUCCCCACCUUAGGGCGUUUACAAAAGAAACUACUCCAGACGCGCUGCAAAGGGAGGCGGCGCUUGUGCCCGAAAGCUGGAGAUCAUGCGGGGCCAUUCUGCAUGUGUGAUGUUUCUGGGGGGUGGGGGGGGGGGGUCGUGUAGGUCGGGGGCGGGGGGGAGUCAGGCAGAAAGACAGGGAGAACCUCUGCUAUGAAGGAUCCGCGAGUCCUAAAAUACAAGCUUCGUGUGACUAGCGAUCUGCACUGA